AUUGUGAGAUCGUGCAAAAGCCACCAUUUCCUUGGUUCGAAUUGUCAGAGAGAGAAAGAGAGAGGUAACAGCGUAGACUAUGAGAAGCAAAGCCUUCAAACAACACAACUGCUGUGAAGAACCGAUCGAUUAGACUUUUACCUUUUCAGGACUGGCAUGGAUUUUGCCUAUGGUGGCGAAGAUCCUGCAAUACUGCAGCUGCAGAAAUGGAGUUCCUCGCAAGUCCAAGUCAACCUGUCAGACUUCUGUGAAGGUUUUAUUUCUCCAAGACGGGAGUUAUUAGCUCUACUUUCAUAUCAUUGUGAAGCUUUACUGGUUCCAUUGGGUAAAGGUAAAAGUAUUAAUGAUCCACAAAUCUCUAAGAGUUUUCAGAAUGCGGAUACUUUGUCUUCCUGCUCAGUGGAGUGCAUGGUACUCGGUAAAACAGAGUUAGAGAAUGACUGUGAGAGCACUUCUCAGUCAAUUGAGACGAAGCCGUGCAACAUAAAUACAACGACAGUGGAUUUUGAAAGAUCUAACUCUUUCCCUUCUAUUUCUGAUGUAAAAACUGUGGCUUGGGGUAUCUGUGAAGAUUUAUGUAGUCAGCAUGACAGCGUUCCUUUCAAAGAACUGCUUUUCGUGUUAGGCCAUGAGGGGGUAACUGUCCAUGCUUUUUGUCAAUCUUAUAUGACAAGUGAUUCAAUAACACCCACGGAACAAGAUGAUGUAGGUCAAGGGCUAUGGGUGGAGUGGGGGCCGUCAACAGCCUCAGCUCAACCAGCGGGAACUCUGUAUGACUCUACCGUCCAGUCAAAUGAGUCCCUGAAGGUCAGUGACACGAACAGGUCUAGUCCAACUGGGGAAAAAACUAAUAGCUGUUCUAUGGAGGGUAUAAAGGAGGUGUCAUCUGAGAGUGCUGGAGUAAAAAGAUGGCUGCGUACUUUUUUGACUGAAGUUAAAACAAUGAAUUCUGAUGGAAAAGUGUAUACAAAAUUCCCAGAUAAAUCAUCAGUUCCUUCAUCUGCUUCAGUUGUCUCAUUUAGUAAUUUUCUCAGCUGUCCACAGCUUUUGGAAUUUCUAUUUGAUGGUUGUCCUAUAUCACAUGACAAACAGAAUGGUAAUAUCUCAGCCGAAGAUCCUACAGAAAGUAUAUGUACAGAUUCCACACGGAUGUCCCCUGAUGCUCUAGUUGAUCAGACGAGCACUUCUUACAAAUGUUUCAGUGUGUUCUCUAAUGAUGCACAAUGCUUGAUUGGGUUUGCCUUAAAUACAAAUAAAGAUGUUCAAACUAACACAACAAAUAUAGAUGAUGGAACAGGCUGUAAAGUUUUAGUUGCAGUGGCCAGGUUAAUUGAUUGGGGAAUGCAGUGGGUUUGCUCGGUGACAGUGGGCAAAUGCCCUGAGGACAGGUCAGCAAUUGAGUGGCCUGAGUUUAGGUUUUCUCAUGCUUUUCUUAUUUGUCUUAAUGUUACUGGCUUAGUCUCCUUUUACGUUGCAUUAACCGGUGAACAUAUAGCAUGUAUAGAUCUGUUAAAUGUGUGUGGAGUUUCUCCUUCCUUAGUAUCUCAAGAACAAAAGAAUUCAUCUCUGAAGAUUAGAGAAAGUCGUAUUGAAGAGAAGAAAUGUGGUCAGUUCAUCAAUCAGGAGGGAGAUUAUGUUGGUAGAAGAAGGUUCAAAAGGCUUUUUGUCAUUUCCCAUUCCUUAACUUUUUGUGUGAUCGAUGAAUAUGGUUUAACAUAUGUAAUAAAUGUGGAUGACCAUAUCCCAAAGAAGUACUGUUCACUCGAGAAAUUACACCCUCAGUAUCAACAGCUGGGUAAUGAAAUGUUGGCUGCUUGGGAGGUAGGUUCCGCUGAAAUUGGCUAUCAAAGGGUCUUUUCUGAUUUUUUCGGUGGGAAGGAACAAAGUCACUCAUCCAUUAUUAGAGAGUCUUCUUUUACUGCUAAUACACAUGGGGAAAGGAAGUAUGACUCAUAUGGGAGUAGCCUAUCUGAUGCUACCGAUGUAAAUAAGAAUAGGAUUUUUGGUAGUAGAUCGCAUUCAUGCCAUAGCAGAAAAGUUUUCAUUGGUAUAGAUGGAUCCAAAGAAGAUGCUGUUGUUUGUUUUUCUCCUUUUGGGCUCACUCGGCUAGUGAAGAGAAAAUAUUCUGAGGGAAAUGUCAAGUGUCAACUUGUUCAUUCCAGUUUACAUGUAAACUUGACUGUAAAUGAUGACAGCUGCUAUAACAUUCAAGGUUGGGAUGCUAUAGUUGACGAAGCUAUAGGUUGUAGUUUUCAUGGUUCUUUGUAUUUGGUCACAAAGGACGGUAUUGCUGUAGUUCUGCCUUGUCUUUCACUUCCUUCGAAUUUCUAUUCUGUCGAAGCAAUUGGAUACCGACAAUCUUGUUAUAGUGCUGGCUCAAAGUAUUGGGUACAUAAGCUUCAUGAAUUUGAAAGCACAAAAAGACCUUUUUCUCCAUGGAAAGUGGAGGUCUUGGAUAAAGCUCUCUUGUAUGAUGGGCCUGAAGUGGCAGAUCAAUUAUGCUUGGAAAAUGGAUGGGACUUGAGUGUUACGCGGAUUCGGCACUUGCAGCUGGCAUUGGAAUACCUAAAAUUCGAGGAGAUUGAAAAGUCUUUAGAAAUGCUUACUCAUGUCAAUUUGGCUGAAGAAGGCAUCUUGAGGAUGCUCCUUGCUGUUGUUUAUCUUAUGUCCUGCAACGUUGGUAAUGAUAACGAGGUCGCCGCUGCAUCAAGGCUUCUUGCUUUAGGAACUGGCUUUGCCACCAAGAUGAUACGGGAAUAUGGUUUAUUGCAGCAUAAGAAAGAUGGUAUGGAGUCGUGGAAAGUUGGAGGCGUGCAAAAUUCUUUUCUUUCUUCAGAGUUGAUAGAUAGUAGACCUGAUGAAACAGGAGAUCUAGAAAGGCUUCAUAAGAUGGCUCACUUUCUGGAGAUCAUACGGAAUCUGCAGUGGCGACUCACGUACAAAUGCAAAAGGCUAGGCCAAGAAUUGGUGGAUCAAGGUGACGCCGUAGGUGAGACAGAUUUGUUGCAGGACGAAUCCAGGAUUCUAGAUGUUUCUGCUGAUGUCUUAUCUCUGGAGGCAUCAAACCAAAAAGGUCUGAUUCCUGCUUCUGAGAUGGAGAGAAACAAUGGGGAAGCCCUUGCUUUGAUGCCCGUGGAUGCAUUUGAUUCCAAAAACAUUUCUGCUUUGGACACUUUUGAGGAACCAUCUUUAAUAUCUGAAGGAAAUUCUUUGAAAAGAGUUUUUUCCUUAGAAAAUCCAAAGGAUAUGAUUGCACGGUGGGAGAUAGAUAAUUUGGAUGUGAAAACAGUUGUCAAAGAUGCUAUACUUUCUGGUCGUCUUCCUCUGGCUGUUCUUAAGCUGCAUCUUCAUCGUUCAAGAGAUUUAAUGUCAGAUCAGGAAAAUCAGGAUACAUUCAACGAAGUUCGUGAAGUUGGAAGAUCUAUUGCUUAUGACUUGUUCCUGAAGGGUGAGACUGGACUUGCUGUAGCAACACUUCAAAGGCUGGGGGAAGACAUUGAAACCAGCCUUAAGCAGUUGGUUUUCGGCACUGUUCGGAGAUCUCUACGGAUGCGAAUUGUUGAAGUCAUGAAAGGACUCGCGUAUCUUGGACCACAUGAGUUGCAAAUUUUGGAGAAGAUCUCACUUAUCGAGAGGGUUUAUCCUUGCAGCAGUUUCUGGAGUACCUUCUCUUGCCGGCACAAAGAGUUCAAGGGAGUAUCGAAUGCAACAGAAGAAAUAAAACUGCACUUAUUGGCUCCAUUGGGUAGAGACCUAGUUAUUGCCUGUGGUGAACUUGAUGGAGUUGUGUUGGGUUCAUGGAUAAAUGUCAACGAACAACCAAAUGCUCCUGAAGCUGACGAUGAUAGUACUCAUUCUAGCUACUGGAGUGCUGCUGCUGUGUGGUUUGAUGCCUGGGAUCAGAGAGUUGUUGAUUGUAUAGUGCUGGAUCAACCUUUCCUUAUGGGGGUCAAUGUUUUAUGGGAGUCACAACUUGAUUACCACAUUCGCCAUAGUGACUGGUUGGAUGUUUCAAGACUUUUAGAGGUAAUUCCAUCAUAUGCAUUAACCAGUGGAAGCCUCAGUGUCAGUUUGGAUGGUGUAAGCUCUUCACCAGUUGACGAAUAUCUUCAGAAACCUCAUGACUGUGGCAGUUACAUAUAUUCUCUUGAAGAGGUGGAUGCUGUUUGCAUGAAUGUACCGAGUGUCCAAAUUUUCAGGUUUUCUGUGCACAGCAUGUGCUCCACGUGGUUGCUAAUGCUUAUGGAGCGAGAACUUGCUAAGAAAUUUAUUUUUCUGAAGGAUUACUGGGGAGCUACUGCUGAUAUUGUUGCUCUUCUGGCACAGUCAGGUUUUAUUCGUGAUGUGCAUAAAUCUUUACCGAUGGAUGAGCUGGCUGAGAGCUGGUCAGACUCUGUACUAGAUAUUAGUGAUGCUAGAACUCAUCCACAUUCCAUCGAAGCAUUUCAUAAGGUUAUUGUUCACUACUGUUCACAGCACAACUUGCUGAAUUUCCUGGAUCUUUACCUUGACCACCACAAAUUGGCUUUAGAUCAUGAAUCAGUUUCCUGGAUGCAGGAUGCAACAGGAGAUAACCAAUGGGCAAAAUGGUUGCUCUUACAAAGGGUCAAGGGAAAAGAGUAUGAAGCGUCGUUCUCUAAUGCCCGCGCUGUUGUAUCACAUAAUUUGGUUGCUGGUAACAGUUUCAGCACUAUGGAGAUAGAAGACAUAAUACAUACUGUUGAUGACAUUGCGGAAGGAGGAGAAAUGACAGCUUUAGCCACAUUGAUGUAUGCUCCGAUUCCGAUUCAAGAUUGCUUGAGCAGUGGUAGUGUUAACAGGCUCUAUAGUUCUGCACAGUGUACAUUGGAGAAUCUUAGGCCAUUCCUCCAGCGCUUCCCUACUUUGUGGCGUGCACUAACUGCGGCAUGUUUUGGACAAGAUCCAACUUGCAGCACUAUAGGUCCUAAACCGAAAUUAUUUGGGUACUCUGAUUUAUUAGACUAUUUGAAUUGGCGCGAGAGUGUGUUCUUCUCUUCGGCACAUGAUACUUCACUCUCACAGAUGCUUCCGUGCUGGUUCCCUAAGACUGUCCGGAGAUUAAUUCAGCUUUAUGUACAGGGCCCACUUGGUUGGCAAUCAAUUGCGGAUUUGCCGGUGGGUGAUCCCUCUCUUCUAAGGGACAUUGUUCCUUCUGACAUCAGCCCCUUGUCCUGGGAAGUUGCCAUCCAGAAACACAUUGAGGAGGAGCUGUAUGAUUCUUCAUUAAAGGAAUCUAGAGUUGGAAUUGAGCACCAUUUACAUCGUGGACGUGCAUUGGCAGCUUUUAAUCAGCUGCUUUCAAAUAGAGUUCAAAAGUUGAAGUCAGAAAGUUCACGUAGAGGGCAGCACGGGACUUCAGUGCAAGGACAAACAAACAUCCAGUCAGACGUGCAGAUGCUUCUUUCACCUAUAACACAGAGCGAACAGUUGUUUCUUUCAUCCUUUGUAAAACAGGAACAAGAAUGUGGGGAUUGGGGCCAGCAAAGUCUUAUUUUAAGUUUGAAAAUUGGUGGCUGCAAACAGAGGGUUUCAAAGAAAGGGUUAAAGAUUGGUGGGGCUCUUUUUCUUGUGAAGGACGACCUGAUUAUAUCCUUGCUUUUAAAUAGACAAAACAUCCUUACACAACUAGCUGAAUUGGAAGAGAUACAAGAGCAAAGAAUACUGAAUGAUGAAGAAGUACACCUAAGGGUUGUCCUAUCUGUGGAGUUUGAGGAAAAUGCUAAACAUGAGGAGGUGGCUUGGAGGCAAAGAUCCAGGGCACUAUGGCUCAAGGAAGGAGAUAGCAAUACUAAGUUCUUCCAUAGAACUGCAAAUGCCCAUAAAAGAUACAACUAUAUUGAUCAAAUUGCAGCAGAAGGGGUUACUUUAAAAGAUCCAUCUGACAUUAAAAGGGAGAUAGUUUCCUCUUAUCAAAAACUUUAUGCAGAAUCAGAGGAAUGGAGACCACAUGCUAGUUUCAGAGAAUGUCCUAUGAUUAGUGCAGAGGAAAAUCAGAUGCUGCAAAAUUCUUUUGAAGAACAGGAAAUAUGGGUAAGUGUGAAGGCUUGUGCAGGGGAUAACGCCCCUGGUCCAGAUGGAUAUUCUAUGGCUUUCUUUAUACAUUGCUGGGAGGUGGUGAGGGUGGAAGUGGUUGCUACCAUCCAGAAUUUCCAUGAACAAGUUUUCUUUGAAAAAAGUUUUAAUGCUACUUUCAUAGCAUUAACUCCCAAGAAGAUGGAGAGACUUAAAAAAGUGGUACAUAAGGUGGUGGAUGCCCAACAGAUGGCCUUUAUAAAAGGAAGACAGAUAAUGGAUGCCAUCCUUAUAGCAAAUGAAUGUGUAGAUGCAAGGAUAAAGAGUAAGAAACCUGGUAUAUUAUGCAAAUUAGACAUUGAAAAGGCUUAUGACCAUCUCAACUGGAAAUUCCUUUGGGGGGUGCUUGAGAAACUAGGGUUUGGUGGCAGAUGGAUUAAUUGGAUCAGGUUUUGUACUAGCACAGUUAGAUUUUCAAUCUUGAUAAAUGGCUCACCGACUGGAUUCUUUGCAUCUGAGAGAGGUCUCAGACAGGGGGAUCCCCUAUCACCUUUCCUAUUCAUCCUAGCCAUGGAGGGUUUAAAUGAUUUGAUAAAAACAGCACAGACCAAUCGUUGGAUUAGGGGCUUUAUUGUGAAUCCCAGGGCUGCCUACAAUCUGGAGAUCUCUCAUUUACAAUAUACUGAUGAUACUUUAGUUUUUUGUGAUGCUGAUAGAGAUAACCUGAAAGUACUGAGAGUAAUUUUCAUUCUCUUUGAAGCCACUUCAGGAUUACACAUUAAUUGGAGUAAAAGUUACAUUUAUCCGGUUAAUGAAGUUAAUGAGAUCCACCAUCUGGCUGCAAUUUUAGGGGGUAAAGUAGGAGUAUUGCCAACAAUCUACUUAGGUAUGCCACUGGGGGCGAGGAGUAAAUCAAAAGGGAUUUGGAAUGGAGUGAUUGAGAAGUGUGAAAAAAAGCUAGUAAAUUGGAAGAACCAAUAUCUCUCUCUAGGUGGAAGAUUGAUUUUGAUAAAUAGUGUUCUUGAUGCUUUACCUACCUAUAUGAUGUCUCUGUUUCCGAUUCCUGUCAGUGUUGUGAAGAAGCUGGAUGCUAUCAGAAGAAAUUUCCUUUGGCAAGGGAAUAGUGACACAAAAGAAAAUGCACUUGGCAAAAUGGAGUACUCUUACAACCAGGAUAUUAUCAAGAUAAAAUAUGGGAUGGAUGGUAAAUGGACUACUAAAGCUGUGAAUAGCACCUAUGGAGUCGGGCAAAGGCCAUUGAAGCAACUCUUUCCAGAUAUUUACAAUCUGAAUCAGCAACAGAGAGCAUGCGUGAGAGAAGUAUGGGGCGAUCCAGGAUGGAAUCUUAGCUUCCGAAGACUAUUGAAUGACUGGGAGGUGGACAGGCUAACAGAGUUCUAUAACACCCUAGAACAAUUCAGGGGCUUUCAACCAGAGUGGAUAGACACAAAGAGAGAUGGAAGAUUGUCCCAGCUUGCAUUUGGUGGACAAUCUGGAAAGAGAGAAACCAGAGAUAUUUUGAAGAUAACAGAAGUUCCAUUGAGAACAUCCUUUAAUAAAUCCGGCCCUUGUUCCAAUCACUUUAAGCAACCUUCCCCCAGGAGUUCUUCAUUUCAUUCAAAUACUUAUGACAAUAAUAUUACUGAAUCUUUAGCACGAGGAUUGGCAGAUGAUUAUUGCCAGAAUGAUUGGUUCAAUCAAGCUAAUCAAAAAAGUGAUCAGUUCACAACCUGUGGUAGACAGCCAUCUCGAGCUCUCAUCCUCGUCCUGCAACAUUUGGAAACAGCAAGUCUUCCGUCAUCAGCUGAUGGAGUUACGUGUGGCUCUUGGUUGUUAACUGGUAAUGGUGAUGGAGUUGAAUUGAGGUCUCAGCAAAAAUCUGCAAGCGAGCACUGGAAUUUGGUGACAACAUUUUGUCAGGCGCAUCAAAUUCCUGUGAGCACGAGAUAUCUUGCUAUAUUAGCAAGAGACAAUGACUGGGUUGGCUUUCUCUCAGAAGCCCAAAUUGGAGGCUACCCCUUGGAGACAGUGAUGCAAGUUGCAUCAAAGGAGUUUGGUGAUGCACGUCUGAAAACCCACAUACUAACACUUCUGAAGAGUAUGCAAUCAAGGAAGAAAUUUAGCUCUUCUUCAAGUUCAGAUACAGGAGAAAAGAAGAAUGGGACAUCAUUUCCAGAUGUAAAUAUGUAUACACCGGCCGAACUAUUUGGAAUUAUCGCCGAGUGCGAGAAGCAAGCAAGGCCUGGACAAGCUCUUCUCCUGCAAGCAAAGAAUUUAUGCUGGUCACUUUUGGCUGCAAUUGCGUCCUGUUUUCCAGAUGUCUCUCCGUUAUCUUGCCUGACAGUUUGGCUAGAAAUAACUGCAGCAAGGGAAACAUCAGCCAUCAAAGUUAAUAAUGCUGCUUCCCAGAUUGCAAACAAUGUCGCGGCAGCUGUGGAAGCAACUAAUUCCCUACCUGCAUCUGCCAAAGCACAUACAGUGCAUUAUAAUCGCAAAAUCCCAAAGCGUAGACGGCUCAUCGAGCCUGUGUCAGUGCAUUCCUUAGCUUUCACAAUGCCUGAUGCACACAAUGCAGAUGGAAAUGUGAGAAUUCAAGACAUGACUGCUGAAGAGGAAUGUGAAAAGCAAGUUGAUCAGGACGAGAAAGUUUCAAAUGACUCCGAUGAAGUGGCUGGUUCUUUGUCUAGAAUGGUUGCUGUGCUUUGUGAACAACAUUUAUUCCUUCCUUUGCUCAGGGCUUUUGAAAUGUUUCUUCCUUCUUGUUCCCUCUUACCUUUUAUCCGAGCUCUUCAGGCAUUUUCUCAAAUGCGCCUUUCUGAAGCUUCAGCUCAUCUCGGAUCCUUUUCUGCUAGAAUUAAGGAAGAACCUCACGUACCCACACAAGUUGGAAAAGAAGGGAAAAUUGGUAGUUUAUGGAUAAGUUCUACUGCUGUGAAAGCUGCUGAUGCUAUGCUCUCAAGAUGUGCUUCACCUUAUGAAAAAAGAUGCUUAUUACACCUCCUUGCUGCCACUGAUUUUGGUGAUGGAGGUUCUGCUGCAACAUAUUAUCAACGGCUCUACUGGAAAGUAAAUUUGGCGGAACCUUCUCUUCGCAAAAAUGAUGGCCUACAUCUUGGGAACGAGCCACUAGAUGAUGCUUCACUUUUGACAGCAUUAGAGGAACAUGGACAUUGGGAACAGGCACGCAAUUGGGCUAAGCAUUUAGAGGCCAGUGGUGGAUCUUGGAAAUCUGCAACGCACCAUGUUACUGAAACACAGGCUGAGUCCAUGGUUGCAGAGUGGAAGGAGUUCCUUUGGGAUGUUCCAGAAGAAAGGGUUGCUUUAUGGGGUCACUGCCAGACUCUCUUUCUUAGAUAUUCCUUCCCACCAUUACAGGCAGGAUUAUUUUUCCUCAAGCAUGCAGAGGCAGCGGAAAAAGAUCUCCCGGCUAGAGAGCUUCAUGAACUAUUGUUGCUUUCCCUGCAGUGGUUGAGUGGGACGAUUACUCAAUGCAACCCAGUUUGUCCCUUGAAUCUUUUGAGAGAAAUUGAAACUAGAGCAUGGCUACUGGCGGUUGAAUCAGAGACUCAAGUGAAAAGCGAAGGAGAGUUUACCCUUUCUAGUCGUGAACCUGCAAGUGGCAAGGGCUCAAGCAUUAUUGACCGAACUGCAAGCAUUAUUACUAAAAUGGAUAACCACACUAAUUCAGUGAGAAUCAAGUCUGGGGAGAGGAAUGAUACAAAGGAAAGUAACCAGUCACAUCUCAAGACCACUCAGAUGUCAGAUUCUAGCUCUUCAGCUGCCAUAUUUGGCGGUGCAAAAGUGAAAAGGAGAGCCAAAGGCUUUGUACCCUCAAGAAAGUCUUUAGCUGAUCCAAUGGACAGAAGUAACGAGCCUGAAACUAGCUCCAUUAGUUUUAAUAUAAAGGAGGAUUCACAGAUACCAGAUGAAAACCUUAAAAUAGAAGCAACUUUCUCGAAGUGGGAGGAAAGAGUUAGACCUGCGGAGCUAGAACGAGCUGUUCUUUCACUGCUGGAAUUUGGACAAAUUGCGGCUUCCCGACAGCUUCAACAUAAAUUAUCUCCAGGCUGCAUACCAUCUGAAUUCAAACUUGUGGAUGCUGCCCUAAAGCUUGCUGCAAUUGCCACCCCAAACAACAAAGUAUCGAUAUUGGUGCUCGAUGGUGAACUUCGUUCUGUUAUGCAGUCAUACCAUCUUUUCCCUAAUCAACACGUGUUUGAUGCUCUCCAGGUACUGGAGAGUUUAGCAAUACUCCUAACUGAAGGUAGGGGACGCGGCCUUUGUUGGCGAAUAAUAUCAGUUGUGAAGACUGCAAAUGCGUUGGGUAUUCCAUUUUCAGAAGCAUUUGAAAAGCAUCCUAUUGAACUCUUACAAUUGCUAUCUCUAAAAGCGCAAGACUCUUUUGAAGAAGCAAAGCUCUUAGUUCAAUCACAUUAUAUGCCUGCAGCUAGUAUUGCUCAAAUUCUUGCUGAGUCGUUUUUGAAGGGUUUGCUAGCAGCACAUCGUGGAGGUUACAUGGAAUCUCAAAAAGAGGAGGGACCUGCUCCUUUAUUGUGGAGAUUUUCUGAUUUCUUGAAGUGGGCUGAGCUUUGCCCCUCUGAACCAGAAAUUGGCCAUGCUUUACUGCGUUUAGUUGCCACUUGUCAAGGAAUACCACAUGCCUGUGAAGUUGAGCUUCUCAUUUUGUCCCACCACUUCUACAAGUCCUCGGCAUGCCUUGAUGGAGUUGAUGUUCUUGUAGAUCUUGCAUUCAAAAAGGUGGAGGCUUAUGUAUCUGAGGGUGAUUUUCCAUGUUUAGCUCGCCUGAUAACUGGAGUGGGGAACUUCCAUGCACUUAAUUUCAUUCUUGGUAUCCUUAUUGAAAAUGGUCAGCUCGAUCUUCUUCUUCAGAAGUUUUCAGCUGCUAUCGAUGCCAACGCUGGCACUGCCGAGGCAGUAAGAGGAUUCAGAAUGGCUGUUCUCACAUUACUCAAGCAAUUUAAUCCCAAUGAUCUUGAUGCGUUUGCCAUCGUUUAUAGCCAUUUUGAUAUGAAGCAUGAGACGGCUUCUCUUUUGGAGUCACGAGCAGAGCAAUCAAGUAAGGAGUGGUCCCUCCGAUCUGACAAGGAUCAGACUGAUGAGCUCUUGGCUUCCAUGCGGUACUUCAUUGAAGCUGCUGAAGUUUACUCAUCAAUUGAUGCUGGCAACAAAACACGCCAAGCUUGUGCACAGGCAUCACUUCUCUCUCUGCAGAUUCGGAUGCCAGACUUACACUUUCUCAAUCUGUCUGAAACUAAUGCAAGGCGGGCACUGGUCGAACAAUCCCGUUUCCAAGAAGCACUAAUUGUUGCUGAAGCUUAUGGCCUUAACCAGCCAGGUGAAUGGGCCCUAGUACUUUGGAAUCAAAUGCUCAGACCAGAGCUCGUUGAACAGUUUGUGGCUGAAUUUGUUGCUGUGCUCCCCCUUCAACCCUCGAUGCUUCUCGAACUUGCUAGAUUUUAUAGGGCUGAAGUGGCUGCAAGAGGAGAUCAAUCCCAGUUUUCCGUGUGGUUGACAGGGGGAGGGCUCCCAGCUGAAUGGGCAAAGUAUCUCGGGAGAUCAUUUAGAUGUUUGUUGAGAAGGACUAGGGACUUGAGGUUGCGAUACCAACUGGCUACCAUCGCAACUGGUUUUGUCGAUGUGGUUGAUGCAUGCAAUAGAGCAUUUGAUAAAAUCCCUGAAAAUGCUGGACCUCUUGUCCUGAGGAAAGGUCAUGGUGGAGGUUACCUUCCACUGAUGUAAGCCUCGAACAUGUACUAUAUCAGUUUUGAAUUUUUGUCCUCCAAGUUUAGCUUUAGUAGGAAGCAGCAUAAAUUCAUGAAGACACAAAAUAGGUGGUGUAGGUCUGAUGAGUUGAUGAUCUGCAAUUUUUGGCAUCAUUUUAUUUGUUCAUUUACCCAUAUUCUUUCCAACUGAACUGAGGCCGGGUGAACAGAGUGCAGUUUUGUUGUUUAAGGAAUGUAUAUUAGAGUACAUGUAUAUUGUUGUACAAUAUUCUUUUGUGGAUAUGCAAUGUAAGGGUGGAAUUUCUUUA